UUCUGAAGGUGGACUCUAUGUAUGCAUGAACACAUUUUUGGCCUUUGGAAGGGAACAUGUUGAAAGACAUUUUCGAAAAACUGGACAGAGCGUGUACAUGCUCCUGAAAAGACAUGUGCGAGAGAAGGUAAGAGGGGCAUCUGGUGGAGCCUUACCAAAAAGGAGGAAUUCCAAGAUUUUUUUAGAUCUAGAUACUGAUGACGAUUUAAAUAGCGAAGAUUAUGAAUAUGAAGAUGAAGCCAAACUUGUUAUAUUCCCAGACCACUAUGAAAUAGCACUACCAAAUAUUGAGGAGUUACCAGCCCUGGUCACAAUUGCUUGUGAUGCAGUUCUCAGCUCAAAAUCUCCAUACAGAAAGCAAGACCCAGACACAUGGGAAAAUGAGUUGCCGGUAUCUAAAUAUGCCAAUAACCUCACCCAGUUGGACAAUGGAGUCAGGAUUCCUCCCAGUGGUUGGAAGUGUGCCAGAUGUGACCUACGUGAAAAUCUCUGGUUGAAUCUGACGGAUGGCUCUGUCCUGUGUGGAAAGUGGUUCUUUGACAGCUCCGGGGGCAAUGGGCAUGCUCUGGAACAUUACAGAGACAUGGGCUACCCACUUGCUGUGAAACUGGGAACCAUCACUCCUGACGGGGCAGAUGUUUAUUCUUUUCAAGAAGAAGAACCGGUCUUGGAUCCUUAUUUGGCCAAGCACUUAGCGCAUUUUGGAAUUGAUAUGCUGCACAUGCAUGGGACGGAGAAUGGGCUCCGGGACAAUGACAUCAAGCCGAGGGUGAGUGAGUGGGAAGUGAUCCAGGAGUCGGGGACAAAGCUGAAGCCUAUGUAUGGUCCUGGCUACACGGGGCUGAAGAACCUGGGCAACAGCUGCUAUCUCAGUUCUGUCAUGCAGGCCAUCUUCAGCAUCCCAGAAUUUCAGAGAGCGUAUGUAGGAAACCUUCCAAGAAUAUUUGACUACUCGCCUUUAGAUCCAACUCAAGAUUUCAACACCCAGAUGACUAAGUUAGGACAUGGCCUUCUCUCGGGUCAGUAUUCAAAGCCUCCAGUGAAAUCUGAACUCAUUGAACAGGUGAUGAAAGAGGAACACAAGCCUCAACAGAAUGGCAUCUCUCCACGCAUGUUUAAGGCUUUUGUAAGCAAGAGCCACCCGGAAUUCUCCUCUAAUAGACAGCAAGACGCCCAGGAAUUUUUCUUACACCUGGUGAAUCUAGUCGAGAGGAAUCGCAUCGGCUCAGAAAAUCCAAGUGAUGUUUUUCGUUUUUUGGUGGAAGAACGUAUUCAGUGCUGUCAGACCAGAAAAGUCCGCUACAUGGAGAGGGUGGACUACCUGAUGCAGUUACCUGUGGCCAUGGAGGCAGCGACCAACAAGGAUGAACUGAUUGCUUAUGAAUUAACGAGACGGGAAGCAGAAGCGAACAGAAGACCCCUUCCUGAGUUGGUGCGUGCCAAAAUACCGUUCAGUGCCUGCCUGCAGGCCUUUUCUGAACCAGAAAAUGUUGAUGACUUCUGGAGCAGUGCCCUACAAGCAAAGUCAGCGGGCGUGAAAACAUCUCGCUUUGCCUCAUUCCCUGAAUACUUGGUAGUGCAGAUAAAGAAGUUCACUUUUGGUCUUGACUGGGUUCCCAAAAAGUUUGAUGUUUCUAUUGAUAUGCCAGAUCUACUUGAUAUCAACCAUCUCCGAGCCAGGGGGUUACAACCAGGAGAGGAGGAACUUCCAGACAUCAGCCCCCCCAUAGUCAUUCCUGAUGACUCAAAAGAUCGCCUGAUGAACCAGUUGAUAGACCCAUCAGACAUUGAUGAGUCGUCCGUGAUGCAGCUGGCUGAGAUGGGCUUCCCUCUAGAAGCUUGUCGGAAGGCUGUGUACUUCACUGGAAAUAUGGGAGCCGAGGUGGCCUUUAACUGGAUCAUUGUUCACAUGGAAGAGCCAGAUUUUGCUGAACCACUGACCAUGCCUGGCUUCGGAGGAGCAGCUUCUGCUGGAGCCUCUGUUUUUGGUGCUACUGGAUUGGAUAACCAACCCCCAGAGGAAAUUGUAGCUAUCAUCACCUCCAUGGGAUUUCAGCGAAAUCAGGCCAUUCAGGCUCUACGAGCAACGAAUAAUAACCUGGAAAGGGCACUGGAUUGGAUCUUCAGUCACCCUGAGUUUGAAGAGGACAGUGACUUUGUGAUUGAGAUGGAGAAUAACGCUAAUGCAAACAUUAUUUCUGAGGCCAAGCCCGAAGGACCUAGAGUCAAGGAUGGAUCUGGAACAUAUGAGUUAUUUGCGUUCAUCAGUCAUAUGGGAACAUCUACAAUGAGUGGCCAUUAUGUUUGCCAUAUCAAAAAGGAAGGAAGAUGGGUGAUCUACAAUGACCACAAAGUUUGUGCCUCAGAAAGGCCCCCUAAGGACUUGGGCUACAUGUACUUUUACCGCAGGAUACCAAGCUAAACCUCACACAUACAGAUUGGCGAGAGGAAGCCAUAUGCCUUUUUAAUUUGCCAAAAAAAAAAAAAAAAAAAAAAAAAAAAAAGAGUUGAGACAGCCUGAUAUGAAGGAAUACAUGGGGAAUUUAUAGUUUAUUUAAACAGCACGAUCA